UUUUGUGCUUUCUUAAUGGGAAACUGUGGAGCUGCUCUCUCUAAUAGUGGGUUUUGACCUUUCUGCAUCAUGUAAAAGGCUCCAAGAUGAGAUGUGUUGUGUUCUGGACACAGUACAUGCAAAUAACACCGAAUAGAAGUAAAUUGAAUUUCUCUCUUUCUUUUCCCUCAACUCUAUAGCAGGAGGAACAUAACACAAUCUUUAAUGUACGUUUUUCACAACAUGUAAAAUAUGUAUAAUCUGAAGAAUCUUUUAAAUAGUAGGUCAUUAGCUUACUUCUUUUCAUUUUAUACUUAAAAGACCUGUUAACAGAUUUAGUUUAAUUCAUUAGCUUAUUUUGUAUUCAGCCUAAUAUAAUUAUAUUCCAAUACAACACUAAAGCAUUUACAGUUCAUCGGCCCAGUUAGAAGGUAUGGGGUUAAUUCUCUUUGCGUAAAAGCACCGCACUCUCGGAGGUCUUUCCCAGUGCAAGUGUCAGUACAGAGGUUGGCUCGAGCCAAGCGGCGCGUGCGCUCUUCAAAGGUUUUACUUGGCUGAUUUUUUUAUUUUAUUAUUUUUUUUAAGUAAUUUUAAAAAUGUAAUUAUUUUUUUUUUAUUCUGAUUACCAUGACGAAACAUACCGUCUUGGGCCCUACAACGGAGAUUAUAAUGGGAUGAUUUUCAUUAGAACCAAUGACCAACAUGUUUUUGCAGUCGAGGAUUUCACUGUUUUGGAAUGUGUUUGAUGCGCAUUAAUCUCUGGUCGAUAUUUUUCUUUUCUGGACACACUCUUCUUAAUAUAAGUACCCUCCUGUUGGAAUAUAUGGAAAUGUUAUUGUUUGUCUGGCCGGGUUUUGCCAGUAAUCAGCUGUCCUGAAAUGUGAAAAUCCUUUGAGAUGAAAAGCAGCACUUUUGGGGAUCAUCUUUUGCUUGUGCGCGGCUUCUGUCUGAUAUUGCGCCUCAACAGCCUGUUGUCUGUGUCCGAGGAGAAACGCACAACUUUAACGGGAGCCGGUGCGGGAGCUGGAGCGGGAGAGGGGGCUGCAGCUGGUCUCAGUGGCACACUAGGAGCAAAGGCGGGGGGACAGCAGUGGCACCGACGGUGCGGCCCCGCUGGUGGGCUGUUGCGCGGUUGGACGGGGGAUCCGGCGCAGCUGUGGAGCGGGGAUGACGAGGUCGACCAGGAUUAUGAUGGUGAUGGAUGCCCCGUCAGCGCGAGCAGGCACCGGGGUCUCGCCGUCUCUGUGCCUCCUACUGUGCGCUCUCCUUUUCCUCCAGCCGUGCGCUCACUCGCACCCGCAGCCAUGCCAAGUGCUGAAGCGGAUCGGCCACACGGUUCGGGUGGGAGCUCUGCACGUUCAGCCCCGCUUAGUAUCCACAGCUCCUGGCAGCAGUUCUGAAGAUGCUGAGGGAGCUUUACAGAGAGAUCAACCGCUGGAGUUAGGAAAGCCGGCUAAAACAGGUGCCGGUGCGCUUGGAUAUGGAAACCUCAGAACUAGAGCCGCCACAAACAAUCAUCGGGGCACAAGUAAGAGUAAAAGCCAGACGAAGCAGCGAGAUGGGAAUCCCUCGAAGGAGGAUGGCUUGUUCUCACCGCGGGACUCGGUCCUGCUGGCGGCUGAGGCUCUGAACCGGGCCGGGUUGCUACCUUACAAUUUAUCCCUGGAGAUUGUUAUGGCAGUCGGAUCGGCGCUGGGCGAGUUGCCAGCCUUCUCAUACUCCUCCACGGGCAUUCCUGAGGACGAAGACCCGCUGUCUUUCUUGGAGAGCGUGUGUCACACGGUGGUCGUGCAGGGGAUCUCCGCUAUGCUUGCCUUCCCGCGGAACCGGGACGAGCUCGUUAAGUUGGAAUUCGUGUCUCUGGCGCUCCAGGUGCCAGUUGUCAGCGUCGUGCAGAGGGAGUUCCCGCGCCACAGUGAGAAUCGUCUUCAUUUUCAAAUGGCUAUGCAGACCGUAGCGGCCCCUCCAUCCCAGCUCCUCUACUAUCUGCUAAUGAUGAACGGAUGGUGGGACUUCAGCAUUGUCCUCUGUCAGGAGUGGAAAAUAAACGACUUCCUCGUCCUCAUCAAGAACAACAGCCGCUUCCACUUGGGCACGCUGGUCAACUUGACAAAAACAACAUUGCCGCCCCUUCUGUCUUCACUAUCAUCCUCGGCAGAGGCAACCACCACCCCUGUGGGAGUGGAGGUGCUACACUCAUCAUAUUCAUCACCAACUGUAUCAUCUUAUUCAUCAAAUUCUACUUUGAAAUCAGACCAGCAGCAGGGUCUCAUGAGGCAGCUGGAGGCCUUAAGAGAACAUUCCUCCACACGGGGAGUGGUGACGUUUGGGUGCGACAUUCGGGAAGUUCGCCGAUUAUGGGCGCUGGCGACUCGAAUGACCCUCCCAGAGUUUCACUGGGUUUUAGGGGACAGCCAAAAUGUGGCUGAGCUUAGAACAGAUGGGUUACCACUGGGGCUACUUGCACAUGGCAUGAUGGGAUCCCCUUCUUUGGAACAUUAUGUUCAGGACUCGCUGGAGUUUGUAGCACGAGCCGUGGGCAGUGCAGCCCAGGAGAAUCCUGCCAUGGCGCUUAUACCUGGAACUACAAACUGUAUGGAUGCACAACAGAGUAAUGGCAGUUCAGGGGAAUUCUUGGCAAGAUUUCUGGCCAACACGUCAUUUGAGGGCCAAAGUGGUUUUAUAUCCAAAGAAAGCCAAAGUCAGAAUAUCAUCUCAGAGGCCCAUCACUACAUCUGGUCUCUCCAGCUGGACCCUCUUGGCCAGCCAACCUGGACCCGUCUGGGACGCUGGCGCAGAGGGAGAGUUCUAAUGGACCAGGGGGCUUGGCCAAACCAUCAAGGGUCUGGUAGCGGAGGAGACUGGCGCCGAUCUGCGCGGUUGCACAUGCGAGUGGUGACCCUGGUGGAGCAUCCCUUUGUGUUUACCCGUGAGGUGGAUGGAGAUGGGAUGUGUCCAGCGGGCCAGCUGUGCUUGGACCCGCUUACCAAUGAGACCUCGGUUUUGAAAGGACUUUUCCAGAAACUUGCAGGACACAAUGGAUCUGUUCCUACAAAACUGAAGAAAUGUUGCUAUGGUUACUGCAUUGACCUGCUGGAAAAGCUGGCGGAGGAUAUUGGCUUUACUUUUGACCUAUAUAUUGUUGGUGAUGGGAAGUAUGGAGGGUACAAGAAUGGGCGUUGGACAGGACUGGUAGGCGAUCUACUAAGUGGUGCUGCCCACCUGGCAGUGACAUCAUUCAGCAUUAAUUCAGCCAGAAGUCAAGUCAUUGACUUUACAUCACCCUUUUUCUCUACCAGCCUGGGGAUUCUGGUUCGUACCCGUGACACAGCUGCACCCAUUGGCGCCUUCAUGUGGCCCCUCCAUUGGUCCAUGUGGCUUGGCAUCUUCGUCUCCCUCCACGUCACCGCUGUUUUCCUCACCCUAUACGAGUGGCACAGCCCCUUUGGAAUGACCCCUCGUGGACGCAAUCGUAACCGCGUCUUCUCUUUCUCCUCGGCCCUUAACGUGUGCUAUGCUAUUCUCUUUGGGAGAACAGUAGCCAUCAAACCCCCCAAGUGCUGGACUGGUCGCCUGCUGAUGAACCUUUGGGCAAUCUUUUGCCUCUUCUGUCUGUCCACCUACACUGCUAACUUGGCUGCGGUCAUGGUUGGGGAGAAAACCUAUGAGCAGCUGUCAGGGAUACAUGAUCCAAAGUUGCACCAUCCCUCUCAGGGAUUCCGCUUUGCUACAGUGAGAGAAAGCAGUGCAGAGGACUACGUCAAGAAGAGUUUCCCUGAGAUGCAUGAGUAUAUGAGAAGAUACAAUGUUCCAGCAACACCAGAUGGCAUUCAUCAUCUAAAGGCUGACCCUCAGAAACUGGAUGCGUUCAUUAUGGAUAAAGCUCUGCUGGACUAUGAGGUUUCUAUAGAUGCCGACUGUAAAACACUCACAGUGGGGAAACCUUUUGCCAUAGAAGGAUACGGCAUAGGCCUCCCUCAGAACUCGCCGCUGACCUCCAACUUCUCAGAGCUUGUUAGUCAGUACAAAUCCGACGGGUUCAUGGACAUGCUGCAUGACAAAUGGUACAAGGUUGUGCCCUGCGGAAAGCGCAGCUUUGCUGUGACUGAGACACUGCAGAUGGGCAUAAGGCAUUUCUCUGGUCUGUUUGUGAUGCUGUGUGUAGGCGUGGCCUUAUCUCUUCUGACCACGAUAGCGGAACACAUUGUGUACAAGCUAGUGAUCCCGAGGGUCAAGGAGCCACGCUCCAAAUACUGGCUGCACACUAGUCAGAGGUUACACAGAGCCCUUAAUUCUGUCUUCACCGAUGACAAACUACCAACUGUUACCAAGCCUGAAAAAAGGUGCAAUGAAGGAAACAACCAGUCAGCAUCUUGGAAUCCUGCAGAAUCCUCCCACUGCAACCGGCGAAGGUUUCUUCCGCAAGAUAUUCAGAAUGACUUGGAACAUCCAUCCCCCCAGGAUCUUCCACCUCCACCUUCUUCCCACCCUCAUCCUCCUACACUUCCAUUGCUGGAGAAACAUAUGCCCAUAGUGACCACCUCUAACGGCCGCUCUGACCUGUUAGGACGUGUUUUGGGCCAAGGACAAGAAGGAUCUGGACAGACUACAACGCAAUGUUGCGGCUUAGGAGUGGGUGAUGGUAGUCUUGGCCAAGUUGGUCGAAACCCACUAGUGCAAGAACUGUCAGAACUUGAGGGUCAAAUCACUGCAAUCAAGCUGCAGCUACAGUCAGCACUGAGAAGGAAGAGAGAGCUUGAACGGUACCAAACAGAAAACCAGCAAACAAACCAGACUUCACCAAGUCAGCCCUCAACACACCAGUCCAACCAGUUUUGCCAGUAUACUCAGUCCCACCAGCAGACUAACCAACACACAAACACACUCCCAGAUGUCUGAAGCCUGCCUUUCCUUGUUUUGUCUAGAAAAACCUUAAAAAAACCUGGAAACACAACUCCACAAAACCUUUUGGAUAGGGAACCCUGCCAAGCUUCUGAAAAAUGCUGAAAAAGAUUUCUCUUACUAAGGUCCUCAUUUAUACACAGGAAUUUAUCUAAAUGUUGACCUGAAAUCUUCACUGUGGAUCUGAUUUUGCUAUUUGAAUCCUGCUGGGACAUUUUCUGACCUCCGGAAAGUGAGAAUUGAAUAGAAGAAGUUGUUGUGGACAAGAGUGAAAGAGGGAUGCUGAACCCCACAAGCUUGUCAGUGAGGAGCCCUGUUUCUCUGUCCUCUCCGCCUCCAUUUCAUUCUUCUCAGAUUCCUUCAGCUUCUUUUCUUCCACGUUCCUUUCAUGCGGAAUGCAUCCUUUUGUCCCCGAAAUAUCUCACCUCUGAGAUAAGCCCAAUCUCUUCAGAGGUAUGAUUUACUUGCCAUGACUUUAAGCUUUCUGAUUGAUAAGAUGACUCUUUCCGGUUUAAGCUUAAUGAAUUAUUUCACCAGAGUUUAAGGGUCUUAUUAUGACCCAUAGAUGAACCCAGCCAGAUGAGUCUUUAUGAUUGUGUGUCAUGUACAGAUUUUACAUCUUUCUGGCAUACAACCCAUUGGGGAUUUGAAGACAUCAUUCAAUGGCUUAAUGUCUCAGAUCUUUGGCAAUGUGGCAACUGAGUUUUCUUGAAUACGUCUUCUGAACAUCAGCAGACUUUCUGUGUAAGAGAUUAUGGAAAGAUACUGUAUAAAGCAUUCACAAGACACUAUCAUAAAGAAGAACUGGUUGGCACAUAAGCAGAGGAUUUUAUGAAAAUUCACAACAGUAAUUAUGAAUCACUGUAUAAUGUUGGUCCUGUACUUCACUGAUGCACUCCUGGUUUAUUGAAGUCAUUAUUUAACAUGUCAGAGCCAAAUUUGUGGGCUAACAAGAGACAGGGAUAAACUAUUUUGCCUUAGAGAAUUCUGGUGUCCUUAUACUGUUGUUGCCAUAAAAAACACAGAAUACUACUCAAAUCUUGGUGCCAACCAAUCACUAAAUGAAAUAUUUUCUUUAUAAUUGUUAACCACUGUUCUGGCUCUGACAUGUUACUUAAUGCAAAGAACAUUUACAACCAAACACAGCAGAACAGUUUCCAAGUGAUUAAUUUCAUGCA